UACAUCGCCGCCAUGUACUGGAGCCUGUCGACGCUGACGACGGUCGGCUACGGCGACGUCAACUCGGGGUCGACGGUCGAGCGGCUCUUCGCGAUCCUGAUCAUGAUCGUCGGCGUGUCCUACUACACCUACAUCAUCUCGUCGCUGUCGUCCAUCAUCUCGACCUUCGACUCCCAGGCCGCGCAGGUCAACGAGAAGCUCGUCGCGGUCCGGGGCUUCGUGCGCGAGAACAAGCUGCCGGGCCCCCUCGCGGACAAGGUCACGACGUUCUUCCAGGCCUACUACGCGGCGUCGAACUGGCGCAUGAAUUUGUACGACGCGUCGGAGCUCCUGGCGAACCUGCCCGUGGCGCUCCGGUGCGAGAUCAUCAUGUAC